UCUGAUUCUCUCUCCCCCCCAGUGAAUAUGAUGCUGGAUCCAGACACAGCUCAUCCUGACCUUGUCCUGUCUGAGGAUGGGAAAAGUGUGAGAUAUGGAUUAACCUAGCAGUAUCUGCCCAAGAACCCUGAGAGAUUUGACACUGAGCCCUGUGUGCUGGGCUGGGAGGGAUUCACCUCGGGGAGACAUUGCUGGGAGGUGGAGGUGGGGGGUGGGCUAUACUGGGCUGUGGGGGUGGCCAGAGAGUCUGUGGGGAGGAAGGGAGAGAUCAGCCAUAGCCCUGACAUGGGGAUCUGGGCUGUGGGGCAGUGGGUGGGCCGGUUCCAGGCUCUCACCUCCCCUGUGACCCUCCUGCCCCAGCACCGGGCCCCCAGCAGGAUCCGGGUUUGUCUGGACUGUGACCCGGGGCAGGUUACAUUUAACGAUGCUGGUGACAAUGCCCUGAUCUUCACUUUCCCACUGGGCUCAUUCAAUGGGGAGAGAAUCUCUCCCUCGCUCUGGGUGGGAUGGGGAUCCCGGCUCAGACUGUGUCCCUGAGGGUGGAAGGGGCUGGAGUUUCUGUAUUAGCAGGGAUCCUGGGAGAGGGAGACCCAGGGAUUGGGGAGUGUGACCUCCAGGCCACCAGGGAAGGGAUGCUGCUUUGGGAAGGAGAUGCAGGUGGGGAUAUGUCAUCUGGAUGAAGAAGAGGUGGCUGUGCGGAGGGGAGAGUCAGGUACCGGGCAGGUUUAACCAGAAGGGAGAGAAGAAAUGAAAUGGGAAAAAGUGAAAAUAAAGUAAAACAAGAAUAAACAGAGAAGCCUGGGGAAAGUGGGGGGGAAGCUGAAACGAGGAGAGUGAAGGCAAAACAAUCCUGAGAAGGGAAAAGCUCGGGGGGCACCGAGAGCGGAGGGAUUAAAUUCAGCAGAGAAAACUUGGCACGUGAGUUGGAAUGAUCAGUGACAUGGAUUAGAGAAGAGUUAGAGAGACUCCGAGAAAUAAACAGACAGAGAACAAGUGCUGGAGGAAAUGAUGGGUAAAACUGGAUUAAAUCAAAGAAAAGGACAAAGGAAAGAACAUGAAAGGGAGAUAGAGAUCUAUAAAAUGUUUCUGAAAGUGAGACUAACAAUAAUUCCACCCUCAUAGUUCAUGGACGGUAUUUCCACUUGGUAUCUUUCAGAAAAAACAUUUCAAAUUUUUACCCUGUGUUCUGGUUAUGAAAGUUCCUGAUCAGCUCCUUUUCAGCCUGAUAUUUCCUUAAGGAAAAUGAAACAUAUAAAACUAUGCUUCUUGUCGAUUUCCCUUUAAUUUCCCAGCUGUGACUUUUGAAGGUAGACAUGGGAUUGUUUUCCCCUAAAUUGUUUGUGUCAACCUGGCCCCAGAGAGGAUAUCUGGGUUACUUUACUUCUCAACUUCCCAACCUAUCCAUGCGUGACACCGGCAAUCAAAAUGCGUGACAGAUGUUUGCAAUCUGGAAUACCUGGAUUUUAUGGCACAUAGCCUG